CAAGCCCAACUCGAAGCUGUACAAGUACGUAGCGCUGUAUAAUAGAAGUGAUGUUACUCUGAAAGCAAGUUUGCAAGAUUUGUCAGGCUCUGCAGAUAUAUAGACACAGCUAAAAAAAAUCGGUUUCUACACCCACUGUCCAUUGUUACCUGCUUGCAUCACUUAGUAUCAAGAAAUGCCUACUAUCAUGUCCUCCCCUCCUGCUGCUCCAACUCCUACGGACAACGGCAACCAUAUCCCAGGUCUACCCACACCAGACAAAGCUUACAACAAUGGCAUAUCAUCGCCUGAGAAAACGUUUCGUGGCGAGAGGACCUUCUCCGAGGUGCUUGCGGAGUAUCCAGGAGAACUAGUGCGUACCAACAGCCCUAACUUUGUCUGCACCAUCUUGCCUUCCCACUGGCGUUGCAACAAGACCCUACCAGUCCCCUUCAAGGUCCUCUCACUCAGUGAUGUGAUGGAUGGUACUAAAGUUAUCCUGUCUGCUGGGAAUGAUGAAAAUUGCUCUGCAGAACUUAGAAAUCACACGGCUAAUUUCAAGAAUCAAGUUGCGAGGUUCAACGAUCUUCGAUUCGUAGGACGCUCUGGAAGAGGCAAGAUGCUGACGGUGCACAUCACUGUGCUGACUGAGCCAGCCCAGUACGCUACCUAUAGUCACGCUAUCAAGGUCACGGUGGACGGCCCCAGGGAACCAAGACGUAUGUGUAAUCGGUCUCGAGUACAUGACAUGGAACACCCGUACAUGCGCUCGGGUCAGUUCAUGCACAUCCCCGGCCUGCAAGGUGGAUCUAAUGUGCAGCUGCUCAAAGAUGGCCGCCUAGCCCACGGGAUGGACGAUCCAAGACUCCAGAACAUUCACGAUAUAGUGGCGUUUAAUAGCGCCAAUGGUGGACCAGAUGUUCCCCUGCCCACCUGGCCCCCCUCUUCCCCUCAUAUCCCUGGUAUGAGGUCCCCCUCUGUAUGGCAGUAUCCUGCGCUGGUUACCCCCACCUGUGCGACCAAUGGAACGACAGUAUCUUUAACCCGAAGUGGCUCAGUGGCUCAGAGUGACUCCAUGAGUAAUGGCAGCGCCACUCCUCCCACCGGCGAACAUCACUCUCAAUCACACAUCGUCACGAAUGGAGACACCAAAUUCAUCUUCCCUCAAAGUAUUCCUAUAUCUCCCGGACUCUUUAACAGCCCUACCUUCUUUAGCGCUUGUGCUACUAGCGGUGUGACCCCUUGCACUCCGACCUUAUUGGCCCCUGCUAUCGGAAUAUCCGAGCCUUAUCUUCGAGCCCCUGGCCCUAUGUACUCACCAUUUGCACUGGCACCACCCGUUCAUGGAUCACUUCCCAAGACGCCCACUCUACCCCCACCCUCCCCUCACACGAUAGUGGGCGGAGCUUUCCCACUGGUUUCCCAAAGUCUACCCACAUCCGCUACUCUUGUGUCAUCUCCUUUUCGCAACAACGGUUCAUGUAUUUCUCCCAAGAAGAACAGAGCUCAUGCCAUGUUUUUCCCCACCACCACAAUUACGGCCAACGGGGUGGCGAAAGUGACUACUCUUGAGAAUGGAGCAGCUGCUUUUGACCACUCUAACAGGGCCGAAAGCAUGAGCAUGGACGACGGGGGACGCAGGGGCUCUCCAGUGGUGAUCAAAAUGGAACCGAAUGGACCCCCCUCUUGCUGUGUGGGUGAUGAAUAAAUUCAGGUUUAUGGCCGCUAAAACAGAGCAUACAGGAUAUUUAGAAUGGUCUCCCCCUUCAGGUCUACAAGUAUAUACAGUGAACACAUCUCUUGUAUAGUAAUCACUGUCACGCACAAACAUUGGUAUAGCUACGUGUAUGUACAAGUCAUCUCUUACUUGUGUCUAUGUCUUAAAUUUCUCUGUUUCUUCUUUAUUGUUGUACAUGUAUCAAAUAAAUCACUCUGAAGCAGCACUUGAGCAUUUUUGCCUACUGUGCUACUAAACCUAGAACCCCGACCCUGACCCUCAAAAGCUAUCACUGUACAAUGAUCAAUCAUGCAGACUCUCACUAUUCAUUGAUUCUUAAUUUUACUUAGCUUUGGCAUAUUACAAUUUUUCUUUAUACGUGAUUUCUCUGUGAAAUUUUGUCACUUAUUAUAUCGGCCCAGAUUCUCGCGACAUUCAUGGUGGCAUUUCAGUGUUUUGUUGUUUUUGUAUGUUUUUACUCUUUUAUUGAGCUUUACCCUUCCUUUUGUUGUGCCACCAUAAACCAAUUAAAGCCAAUAGGCAAUGAAAUUUCUUUAACAUAAAUAUAA